AUGGCGCAAAACACAAAAGACAACAUCCCUCCCGCUCCAGCCUAUUUCCCCACCUCCGCCACCUCAUCUCUGCACCCCCCAAAAGAGCUAUAUGCAAGAUUGAAAGCCUUAUCAGAAACCAAAGGCGACUUGAUCAAAAUACAGGAAUUCCUCAUCCCCCCACGCAGCGGCCACGCCUGGCGUGUCCCCGCCGGCACCCUCUUCCGGCUUUCCACGCCAUUUGGCAGCCAAGUGGGAGACCUGAACGUCUUCAACGCUUCAGACCCACGCGAGCGAUUUUGGGCCGCGCGAACGAGGCAGUUGCAGGGUAGUCACGUGCAAGAGGGGGACAGGUUAUGGUCCAACCUCCCAUUCAUGCGGCCGCUGUGCGGGGUGGUGGAAGAUGGGUGUGAAGUCAGUAGUGUAGGGAGGGAGGAGAGGAGGGAUGAGAGGGGAGGCGUGACGAACUCCAACCUCGUCCGCGCGCUCCUACCAUACGGUCUUACUGAGUUCGACGUCCAUGAUGUUCUCAAUGUCUUCCAAGUCACAGGUCUUGAUUCCCAAGGACGAUAUUUCAUGGAGGCCUCGCCCGCCACGCCAGACUCUACCCUCACAUUUUUCGCUGAGCAGUCCCUGCUUUGCGCGCUGUCGACUUGCCCAGGUGGGGACCUCAGCGCCUGGGGCUGGCAUCAGGCAGAAGGGGAUUCGGGGGAUCAACCCGACAUGAAGUCCACGUGCCGGCCGAUCAAGGUUGAGGUGUUUCAGCUGAGCGAAGGUGUGAAAGAGGAGGUGCUAAAGGGCUGGAGGGAGCCGGAAGUGAGUAGCUAUGCGGGGUUGCAUGGGAUGACGGUGCCAGGAGGGGAGGCGUAG